GAAGAGAUGUUGCUGCUGCGGUCGCUGCGCUUCUGCCUGGUGGCGCGGGCCGGAAGGCGCCCGGCGGGGCCCCUUCUGCUUCAGCCGCCCCAGCCCUGGCACACGUUUCACGCUGGGCCCUGGCUGGCUGCCUCGUCUUCCAGCAAGGAGCUGCUCAUGAAGCUCCGGCGGAAAACGGGCUACUCCUUUGUGAACUGCAAGAAAGCGCUGGAGACUUGUGGCGGGGAUCUCAAAGAGGCAGAGAUUUGGCUCCACAAGCAGGCCCAGAAGGAGGGCUGGAGCAAAGCUGCUAAACUCCGUGGGAGGAAGACUAAAGAAGGCUUGAUUGGGUUGCUUCAGGAAGGAAACACAACAGUAUUAGUAGAGGUAAACUGUGAGACAGAUUUUGUUUCCAGAAAUUCAAAAUUCCAACAGUUGGUCCAGCAAGUGGCCAUUGGAACCUUACUGCAUUGUCAGAGCUUAAAGGAUCAACUCUUCACAUACAGUAAAGGCUUUCUGAAUUCCUCUGAGCUCUCUGAACUUCGAGCAGGACCUGACAGAGAAGGUUCUCUCAAGGAUCAGUUGACCCUAGCAAUUGGGAGCCUGGGAGAAAACAUGACCCUUAAACGAGCCGCAUGGGUGAAGGUGCCAUCUGGGUUCUACGUUGGUUCUUAUGUCCAUGGAGCAACACAUAGCCCCUUGCUCCACAACCUGGUGCUGGGGAAGUAUGGCGCCCUGGUUGUCUGUGAGACGUCUGAGCAGAAAGCAAACCUUGAAGACCUUGGUCGCCGCCUUGGGCAGCAUGUGGUGGGCAUGGCCCCUCUCUCUGUCGGUUCCCUGGACGAUGAGCCUGGGGGAGAGGCGGAAACCAAGAUGCUCUCCCAGCCAUAUUUGCUGGAUCCUUCUAUCACAUUGGGACAGUAUGUGCAGCCCCAGGGGGUGUCUGUAGUAGACUUUGUGCGGUUUGAAUGUGGUGAAGACGAGGCAACAGAGGUUGAAUAGGUCCCGGAGAUUUUUGGCCAAGAGGAAAUGUUCAUUUUUGUCUCUGGACAUCAUUGCAAAAAGGUUAUUUCCUAAGCCUCUUCAAAUCUAGAAU